GUCUUCUUUCUUCUUUUCCUCCGAAUCGGAGAAGAAAACGAUUACAAAUCUCUGUUAAUAUCUCCGCAGGGCUUUCAAUUCUUGCUCGGAAAUUCUGUUCCUCCGGUGUGAAGUAUCCCUAGCACGGCGUGCCUCUUGAUUUGUGGGGAGAUGCUUGAUUGAUUCAUGGUCCUGAUCUGAGCCCGAUUCGCAAUUCGACGGUGGCGAUGUCGUCGGCGCAGAACCAAGCGGCGAAUGUCGAUCUAUUCGAUGCGUAUUUCCGACGAGCCGAUUUGGACCGCGACGGUCGAAUCAGUGGCGCCGAAGCCGUCGCUUUCUUCCAAGCCACCGGUCUCCCUAAACCGGUCCUUGCGACGAUAUGGGCAUGUGCAGAUCGGAAGCUUACUGGUUUUCUUGGCCGAGAAGAAUUCUACAAUGCCCUUAGACUUGUUACUGUGGCACAAAGUAAGCGAGACCUUACUGAUGAUAUUGUUCGUGCAGCUUUAUAUGGUCCAGCUGCAUCUAAAAUUCCUGCACCACAAAUAAAUUUGACGGGUACACAUGCACCUGCGCCCACACCUGCACCUGCAUCUCAGUUCAGUUCUGCUCCUGCAGUAUCUUCCACCCCAGGCAGUGCUGCUCCCACAUCCUCCCAAAAUCCUGGGUUAAGGGGGCCGCAAAUUCCUUCAAAUGUAAAUAUGAACCACCAAGGUUUUUUUUCUCAAAGUCAGUCAAUGAGGCCACUAGUGCCUCCAUCUACUAUUGCUGCUUCUCAACCAAUGCCGGGUGUCUCUUCACAAGGGUUCUCUCAGGGAGUUUCAGUGGUGAAUUCACGUCCACCGAACUCGAGUAUGCCAAAUGAUUGGGUUGGAGGAAGGGCAGGUGGCGCUCCGGCAGGGAUGCUCUCUCAAGUCGUGAACAGAGGUCUCAAUCCCUCUGCCACACAGGAUGGAUUUGGGCUGGCAACAUCUGGACCAACAGUUUCUGUGCCAUCUAGACCACAGGCAGCUGCUGGCAUAAUACCAUCAGGACCACCAGCUAACGAUUCCAAAUCAUUAUCUGUCUCUGGGAAUGGCUUUGAUUCCAAUUCAUCUUUUGGAGAUGAUGUGUUUUCUGCUAUCCCAUCUCAACCAAAGCAAAACUCUUUUACAAAUUCAUUCCCAUCUGGCAGCAUACCAGUUUCAUCUGCCAUUGUACCAGCAUCUGUUGGACCCCAAUCUUCUGCUCAUGCAUUUCCGGGUGGCAGUGUACCAUACUCAUCAUCCACAGUUCCAGUCGCUUCUGGGCCUCAGUCUACAGAGAGGCCAAGUAACAUUUCUUCCAUGCCGUCUGUUGCUGGCCAACCUCAGCAGCCUCGGUCAUUUGCAUCAUCAAACAAUCAGGCCCCGACUCUGACUACAACACCUGCAGUUUCACAUGGAGCUGGGAACUCUGCUUCUGGUCAGUCCCAAAUGCCAUGGCCGAGGAUCUCCCAAACUGAUGUUCAGAAGUACUCAAAUAUUUUUGUGAAAGUCGACACAGACAGAGAUGGGAAAAUCACUGGUGAACAAGCUCGUGACUUAUUUUUGAAGUGGGGAUUACCAAGAGAGGUUUUACAGCAGGUGUGGGACUUAUCGGACCAAGAUAACGAUAGCAUGCUUUCUCUCAAGGAGUUCUGUAUUGCACUAUACUUGAUGGAGCGGUAUAGGGAGGGCCGUCCUCUCCCAGCAGCUCUUCCAAGCAGUGUUUUGUUUGAUUUAUCUGGUAUUAUUCCACCUGCCAAUAAUUACACCAAUGCUGGCAAUGUAGCUUGGAGACCUACAUCUGGUAUUCCUCCACACAUGACACCCCCAGUUGGUGGAACACCUGGUGCUGGCGCUCGACCCCCAGUUGGAGGAAUGUCUGGUACUGGCGGUCGUCUCCCAGUUGGAGGGAUGCCUGGUCCUGGUGGCCGGCCCCCAGUUGGAGGAAGGCCACCAAAACCAGUUCCUGCUUCUCAUUUUGAGGAAAGGCCGCAGAUCAAUCAGCAGAAACCAAGAGUGCCAGAGUUGGAGAAACAUCUUGUAGAUCAACUGAGUGAAGAGGAGAUUAAGUCACUAAAUUCAAAGUUCAAUGAAGCAACAGAAGCUGAUAAAAAGGUACAAGAUUUGGAGAAAGAAAUUUUGGAAUCAAGAGAGAAAAUCGAGUACUUUCGCGUCAAAAUGCAGGAACUUGUUUUGUACAAGAGCAGAUGUGACAAUCGUCUCAAUGAGAUUACAGAAAGGGCAUCGUUGGAUAAACGUGAGGCGGAGUCCCUAGCCAAGAAAUAUGAAGAGAAAUACAAACAAACUGGAGAUGUAGCUUCCAAGUUGACUAUUGAAGAAGCCACCUUUCGUGAUCUACAGGAGAAGAAAAUGGACCUGUACCGGGCAAUUGUCAAGAUGGAACAAGAAGGUAGUGGAGAUGGCACUCUUCAGGAUCGUGUUGAUCACAUUCAAUCUGACCUUGAUGAGCUUGUGAAAACUCUCAAUGACCGCUGCAAAAAGUAUGGAUUACGUGCAAAACCUACAACGUUAACUGAGCUUCCCUUUGGCUGGCAAGUGGGCAUCCAAGAAGGAGCAGCCGACUGGGAUGAAGAUUGGGAUAAGUUCGAAGAUGAAGGAUUCACGUUUGUCAAGGAGCUUACUCUUGAUGUACAAAAUGUCUUAGCUCCCCCAAGACAGAAUUCCUCAUCAACUAAGAAAGAUAAAGCUUCUAAAACUGAGAGUCCAACAGCUGCAUCUCAGAAGAAGGUUGAUGAUGAGUCAGAAAAGCCACAAAGUACAGAUGAAAAUGUUGUUGAAAAUGGAGCAGCUUAUGAUAAGAAUGAAAAUGGAUCAGGAAAAAGUGUUCCAAAUAGUCCAUUAGCUAGGAGUACUGUUGGAAGCCCGUCUAGAGACUUUCCAGAUUCUAACUUUGGGAAGACUACAGUCUCACCCCGUGACAAGGAAACACAAAGUGAUCACGGGGGUGCUGGGUCUGUGUUUUCUGGUGACAAGAGUUUCGACGAAUCAGCAUGGGGUACAUUUGAUGCCAAUGAUGAUGUUGACUCAGUGUGGGGAUUUAAUGCAGUUAGUACCACCAAGGAUGCGGAUCAUGACAGUAAUAUAGACAACUACUACUAUGGUGGGUCUGGGGAGUUUGGCCUCAACCCUAUAAAGACAGGGUCAUCUCAAACAAGUGGCUUUUCCCAGAAGAGCCGCCCAUUUACUUUCGAUGAUUCUGUUCCUAGUACACCACUAAAUUCAGGAUUCUCUCCUCCAAGGUUCAAAGAUAGUGCAGAACCCUCAUUUGACAGCUUCUCGAGGUUUGAUUCCUUCAGAUCACAUGAUAGUGGAUUUUUCCCUCAAGAAAGGUUUGGAAGAUUUGAUUCUAUGCGCAGUAGUAGAGACUUUGAUCAGGGUCAUGGGUUGCCAUCGUUUGAUGAUAUCCCAGACCCCUUUGGGUCUUCAGCACCAUUUAGGACAUCACUGGAUAGUGAAACUCCAAGAAGAGACGCAGAUCCUUUUGGUUUUUCCUCGUCAUUUAGGAUAUCAUUUGACAGUCAAACUCCAAGAAGAGAAUCAGACCCUUACGGCUCUUCAGAUCCAUUUAGGACAACCUUUGACAGUCAAACGCCAAGAAGAGACUCUGACGCAUUUGGUUCUUCAGCAUCAUUUAGGACAUCAUUUGACGGUCAAACUCCUAGAAGAGACUCAGACUCUUAUGGGUCUUCAGCUCCAUUUAGGUCAUCAUUCGAUGGUACUCCGAGAGCAGACUCUGACCCUUAUGGAUCUUCAGGACCAUUCAGGACAUCAUUUGACAGUCAAACUCCUAGAAGGGAUUCAGACCCUUUUGGGUCCACAGGGCCGUUUAAACUAUCAAUGGAGAGCCAGACUCCAAGAAGAGAUUCCGAUAAUUGGAGUGCAUUUUAGCUCUGGGAAGCUUUGUUAGUGCGGGAUAUUCUUGUACUAGUUUGUUUUCCCUUGUUUUCUCUAUAAAAUCUUUUGGAUUUUCGGUUCCAUUCAGGCCGUCAAUGGACAAUCACACUCGAAGAAGCGAUUCGGGUCCUUUCAGGUCUUCAGGGUCUUUAAAUUAUCAAUGGAGAGUUGGACUCCGAUAUUGGAGUGCGUUUCAGCAAGUGGGAAGUUUUCAAAUGCAUGAUAUUCAUGGACUGGUUGGUUGCCCUUGUUUCCGACGCUUCGAAAUUACUGAGAGCUUGUAUUGUAUUUUUGUAUUCAUCUUGUGUAUGCCUCUUUCUUUAUAAUUUUUUUGUUCAUGUUCAGCUGGCUGUAUGAGUUUUCUAUUUUUUUUAAUUCUGAAUUUUCCUAAAUCAUGUUGAAGCUGAUGCCAAAUUGCCAAUUAGUCAUCUCUUUCCACCUCUUUACACUUGAUGAUUGUAUUAUUGAUUGAGAUGUAUUUUUUUUUGGCUUCGCCAUAUACUUCUCUGGAAUAAAACUUAUAGUUGAUUUUUCUAUA